AUGCCUCCCAAUGAUUAUAGCAGUCGACCCAUACCAUCGAAAGACACGAGCACGCGUGCUUGGUUGAUCGUGGCAGGAGGCUUACUCAUUUAUUUUCCAACUUUUGGGUUUCUUAAUGCUUUUGGUACAUUCCAGACCUAUUACGAACAGGACCUUCUCGCAGGAACGUCAAGUUCCAAGAUUGCUUGGAUCGGAUCUUUGCAGAUAUUUCUGCUUUUCAUCGGUGGCCUGGUGGUCGGUCCUUUGUAUGACAAAGUAGGCGCGACGAGGCUGCUCGUGCCAGGAGCCGUGAUCUAUGUCACUUCCUUGAUGCUCACCAGUGUGUGUAAAAAAUACUAUCAACUUAUCUUAGCCCAGGGCAUUGCUUUUGGCUGCGCCAAUGCUCUUUUAUUCUAUCCUACCAUAGCAGCGAUUAACCAGUGGUUCGAUAAACAACGAGGCAUUGCCCUGGGCCUUGCCGUAUCGGGGUCUUCUCUCGGAGGCAUUUUCUGGACCGAGUUGAUCAGCUAUAUGUUCAAAAAGAUUGGCUUUGGAUGGUCCGUCCGUGCUUGUGGGUUCAUAAGCCUGGCAUUUGUCAUCCCCAGCUGCUUUCUGAUCAUUACUCGUCCGCCGGAGCCAGGAGAGAGUGAAGAUUCGAAGGUCGACUUCAAGGAGAUCCUUUACAAUAAGACAUACAUACUCUUCAGCUUGGGGAUGCUGCUCGUCCUCUGGGGAAUGUUCAUCCCCUUCUUCUAUCUUCCCUCUUACGGAGAGAGUUAUGGCAUGAGCACAGCUGCGGCGAAUAAUCUCCUGGCCUAUAUGAAUGCCGGGUCUUUCCUUGGACGUGUCUUCACUGGUAUAUUAUCCGAUCGUAUAGGGCGAUUCAACAUGAUCUCUCUUGCAUCACUAAGUUGCGGUAUCCUACUUUUCUGUCUCCACCGUAUAACGGCCCCCGGAGCCAUCGUCGCAUUCUCAGUCCUCUACGGUAUCUGCUCCGGUGGUUUGAUUUCUCUGCAGUCCGCAUGCAUCGGUCAAAUUACCCCAGCCCAUAACAUUAUCGGCGUAAGAAUCGGACUGAUGAUGGCUUUCUGCUCCAUAGGUGGAUUAACCGGCAGUCCAAUCGCAGGCGCGCUGCUCACUACAGAUCAUGGAAAGUGGUACGGGUUCAUUGAUUUUUGUGCAUUUAUUCUCACUGGCGGCGCGGUAGUCACCAUUGUUUCGCGUCUUGCAAACAUGCCAAUACUAUACAUCAAAUUGAUAGGACCGAUCCGGAGUAUUCAUUUGGGUGACGAUGAUGUAAAGAGAAGCAGCCAUCUUGCAACAACUACGCUAGGCCAAACAUGUGGAAAAUGCCUGAUGGUUACUCGAUUUACCAUUGAUAUUACAUCCCAAAUACCUCACAUGGCUAAGACAUCCGAAUUACGCCGGAGCUGUGGCCUCUGUCGUUCUCGCAAAAUAGCCUGCUCCGGCGAGACCAUCUGCAAAGCUUGUCGCGAGCGCUCCAUCGAGUGUGUCUACGAUCUGGAGACUCCCAAGGGUCGUCCUCGUAGUCAUAAGAAUGAUGCUGCUGCUUCUAACAGGAGUAAUGUGGGGGACAGCGAUAGCGCGGCCGCUUCGAUCAGUAUCAGUGUCAUGGCUGAAUUGGAUGUCAUGUUUCGCGAGAAUUUCGGAGCUGAACCCGUCGCUGCUCCAUCAAACCUUUUUCAUGAGCGUGUUGCUUCCUUCAAUAGGAACCUGGCCGCGGGGAAAGCGAGACACGAUGCCUCAACCCCGCCAGGUACUUUGACUUACCCAGCCUUCCUUGCGCUGUUGACCCAAGACCUGGUGGAAACAGUGGCUGUAAAGUUUGGAAAUUUAGACUGUCAGCCGUUCUUCGGACCCGGUGAACGGUUCUACCGGGCAUGUAUGUUGCAAGACACAAUUGAUAGCAUGUUCGAGGCCUCAGAAUCCCUGCCCUGUUCAUCUGAUGUGUUAGACGAAUACAGUCCUUCUCUAAUCACCCAACACCUCGAGGUUUGGUUCAACAACCACCCGCUAUCAAUCAUAAUCUCCAAAACCCUCCUCCUGCGCGAAAUACGCAAUGACUCCGCAAACCAAGUUCUUUUGGGAGUUCUCUUGGCUGACGCUCAUCACUUCAGUGAUGAUUCAGCCAGAGAAGAUCGCAUGCUGAAAUGGGCUAUCUCUCAAUUAUACCUCCUCUCUGCUAAUAAGGCGGACAUUAUUACUGCUCAGAUCACCUUGCUGUUGGGAUGGUAUCAUGCCUGCCGUUGUCAUUCACGCCGAGCGUUAUGUUAUAUUGGUUAUGCAUGUCGUAUCGCAACCAUGCUGAAGUGCCAGUUGCACGAGUCGUCUUCAAGGAACCAAACACAGAUCAAUGGGAUUGAUCAUGGCGCAGUCGAAGCAGAGGUGAUUCACAACAUAUGCUGGGUAGCUUUGGCCAUCACCACCUGGGCCUUCAUUCAAAUGGACAUGUCUUUGGCAGAUCUACUACCGGCUGGGCUGAUGCAGGUCCUCCCAGCCAGCACGGAAGCCGAUUCAAUGCUACUACAGCUUGACCGUGCUACACAUAAUCUUUCUACUUUAAAACAUCAAAUCUCGUCUCUACAGUCCGUCUGGCUCCUAUCGCAUGUCACCUCGCUGUCUGCAAAUAUGUAUGCCUUGUAUCCACGGCUCUCUUCAGGCAGACAACCCGAGUCACACCCCUGGCAGGACCUAGUCCUCCGCCGGCUGGAUCACUUGCUCCAUCAAGGACGCAGUCUGGCGCAGAUUUGCAGCGACUCGCGUGACGCUAUUCUGGAUGUUAUCGCAUUGGUGCAGACCCAACAUUUGGAGAGCAAGGCUGCAUCUGCCCUACUAGCAUUUUAUCACGCUCUGUCCAUCCAACUACUUUUUCCUCAUGGAAAGGACCAAAGCAACUGCCAUCCGCCGGUUCUCUCCGACAUUCUCUUCCAGAAACUCUCCAAAUCCAUGCACGGCCUUAAACAGCUCUUUCCGGCUAUUCAAUCUGUUGCAAAACAAAAUGCCGCCCAGCCAACCAACAUAGCUUCAGCCGCACUUCAUUUCUAUAUCCUCGCCCUUGAUGCCACUGGUCGAGCCUUAGCCCACAUUCUGGCUAAGCUCGCGCCGGGCGAACAGAUAUCCUGGCAAGAUCGACUCGCACACCUCUUUGAUGCCGGAUCUGCUCUCCACGGCCUGUUCGACGACGAUGUGCUCCUCCAAGACCACCGCUGGCGAUCCGUUAAACGUCAACUCAAAGUCGCAUGCACAAGAAGACUCAACCCCCGGAUGGCCAACCUGGCAACAACAAUUGCAACUCAAUUCAUCACCCAAGAUACCCACUUUCAGCUUCAAGCAUCCUAUAGCGCCUAUCAGGUCGUCGGGUCCAGCUGGUAA